AUGUCCGCGCCCUACGACGGUUACGGCCAGCAGCAGCCGUACCCCGACCCAGCCCAGGCAUACGGAGCGCCUGCGCCUGGCGUCCCCGCGCCCGAGCAACAACCGCAUCACCACCACCACGAGCAGCACAAAAAGAAGAAGAGGGCAUAUGCCGCCGAAGCCUUUGAGAUCGGCUCGGGCGCCAAUGCUGCCGUCGGCGGCCAGCUGCCGGGAGGAGGCCAGUACGGCGUGCCCCCCGCUGCCGCUGCCGCUGCUGCUGCCCCGGCCUACGGCGCCUACCCACAGCCCGUCCAGCCCGAGCUGCCGCCACAGCCGCAGUACGGCAUGCCCCAGCCGGCAGCCCCUGUCGGAGGAUACCAGCCGCUGGAGCCCUACUACCCCGGCGCCGGCGCCUCUUCGGUCGGCAUCGUCGCAGGCCUCGCCGGCGGCAUCGCCAACAUGAGCCUCGGCCCCAGCCCAAGCUCUCAGCCAACACCAGCCCAGCAGCAACGUGUUGGCCCUCUCAACCAGCUCUACCCGACCGAUCUGCUCAACCAGCCCUUCAACGUCGCCGAGCUGGAUCUGCCCCCGCCGCCCAUCAUCCUGCCUCCCAACUGCAGCGUGACGCCAUCUCCCAACGCCAACUGCAACCCAAAGUAUGUGCGCUCGACCCUGAACGCCGUGCCGACCUCGCACUCGCUGCUCAAAAAGAGCAAGCUGCCUUUCGCACUGAUCAUCCAGCCUUAUGCCUCGCUGCACGACCUCGAUGACCCCGUUCCCAUUGUUCAAGACCAGGUUAUUUCGCGCUGUCGCCGUUGCCGCUCCUACAUCAAUCCUUUCGUGACGUUCCUCGACAAUGGCCAUCGCUGGCGCUGCAAUAUGUGCAACUUGACGAACGAUGUUCCCCAAGCCUUCGAUUGGGAUGCUGCUGCCCAGAAACCGGUCGAUCGCUGGCAGCGGCAUGAGCUGAACUAUUCGGUUGUUGAGUUUGUUGCUCCUCAGGAGUACAUGGUGCGCCCGCCACAGCCUCUGGUCUACCUCUUCCUGUUCGAUGUCAGCUACGCCGCUGUUUCAACUGGCCUGCUGGCCACGAGCGCUCGUACCAUCCUCGACAGCCUGAACCGCAUCCCUAAUGCCGACCGCCGCACUCGUCUCGGCUUCAUGGCCGUUGACUCGGCCCUGCACUACUUCGUCAUUCCGAAGGACGGCGAGGAGAACGCCGAGACCAGCAUGCUGGUUGUCAGCGAUCUCGAUGAGCCGUUCCUGCCCGUCCCUACUGAGCUGCUGGUGCCGCUUACCGAGUGCCGCAACAACAUCGAGGCCUUCCUGACGAAGCUGCCCGAUAUGUUUGCCAACAACCAGAGCAACGGCUCGGCCAUGGGCCCUGCUCUACGCUCCGGUCACAAGCUGAUUGCGCCGCUCGGCGGCAAGCUGGUCGUUCUGACUGCUUCGCUGCCGAAUCUCGGUGUUGGCAAAUUGGAGAUGCGCGAGGACAAGAAGUUGCUUGGCACCUCCAAGGAGGGCAGCCUGCUGCAGACGGCCAACAGCUUCUACAAGAGCUUUGCUGUGGAGUGCUCUAAGAACCAGGUCUCGGUCGACAUGUUCUUGUUCAGCUCACACUACCAGGACGUUGCCUCGCUCAGCAACCUGCCCCGGUACACUGGUGGUCAGACCUGGUUCUACCCCGGCUGGAACGCCGGCCGUCCUGAGGACGCUAUCAAGUUUGCUUCUGAGUUCAGCGACUAUCUGUCGAGCGAAAUCGGUCUCGAGGCCGUUCUCCGUGUGCGUGCCACAACCGGUUUGCGCAUGAACGCCUUCUACGGCAACUUCUUCAACCGCUCUUCCGACCUGUGUGCCUUCCCUGCCUUCCCCCGCGACCAGUGCUACGUUGUGGAGGUCGCCAUCGACGAGACAAUCCAGAAGAAUGUUAUCUGCCUGCAGACUGCUGUCCUGCAUACUACAUGCAACGGCGAGCGCAGAAUCAGGGUGUUGACACUGGCCCUGCCGACUACCAAUAGCUUGGCAGAUGUCUACGCGUCGGCCGAUCAGGCCGCCAUCACGACCUACUUCACGCACAAGGCGGUCGAGAGGGCGCUCAGCGGCAGCCUGGACGCUGCUCGCGACGCUCUGCAGAGCAAGAUCAUCGAGCUGCUGACCACCUUCCGCAAGGAGCUGGGCGGCGGCGGCGGAGGUGCCCUCGGCGCAGGCCUGCAGUUCCCUGCCAACCUGCGCGCUCUGCCCGCGCUGUUCCUGGGCCUCAUCAAGCACGUCGGUCUGCGCAAGUCGGCUCAGAUCCCGAGCGAUCUCAGGUCUGCGGCCCUCUGUCUGCUCAGUACCCUGCCCCUGCCUCUGUUGAUGCAGUACAUCUACCCCCGCAUGUAUAGUCUGCAUGACAUGCCAGAUAAUGCGGGCCUGCCCGAUCCGGAGACGAGUCAGAUCGUGCUACCGCCGGCCGUCAACUUGUCUGCUGAGCGCAUGGUCAGCUACGGGUUGUAUCUGAUCGAUGACGGGCAGACGCAGUUCCUGUGGGUCGGCCGCGAUGCGGUUCCUCAGCUGCUUAUUGACGUGUUUGGGGUGUCGGACCGAUCGCAGCUGCGCGUGGGUAAGGGCAGCGUGCCGGAGCUGGAUAAUGAGUUUAACGAGAGGGUGCGGAAUGUCAUUUUGAAGAGUCGCGAUCAUAGGAGUCGCGGUGUUGGCAGCGUUACUGUUCCGCAUUUGUAUAUUGUGCGGGAGGACGGCGAGCCUAGUCUCAAGUUGUGGGCGCAGACAAUGCUGGUGGAGGAUCGGGCGGAUCAAGGGGUUGGGUUGGCGCAGUGGAUGGGAAUUUUGAGGGAGAAGGUAAGUUCGUGA